AUGGUACAGAAACAGCUGUUGCUGCUCAGUCUUGCCAGCAUCUUUGUUCCCGCGGCCUCGGAAGCGUCGGGCCUAAAUCGCUGUCCCGACUAUGUUGCCAGUCAUGCGCCUUUAGUAUGGCUGCACCCGGAAGAUCGCUUCAUGCCGAGCGAUCUCGCGGCUCACAUCUCCAACACAAUCCCCAAACUUGAUGGACAGCCAAUCAGCGGCCCAUCUUCACUCGACCUAGAGAAUCUGGGAGACCUCAAUGGUUAUGGAGGUGAAGAAGUUGCUCUCACUUCCAAGGAGGACCCUUUGACAUAUCCAACUUGGAUUUUAGGCGAGGCGCCCGAUGCCAAAGGGAAAAUCCACAAUUCUGUGCCCUGCGCUGUGAUUUUGGUUGAGAAGAGCGAUAUAGAUGUCGACGCUUUCUACUUCUAUUUCUAUUCAUUCAACGAGGGACCAAAUAUCACUCAAGUCCUGGAGCCAAUAAAUCGCUUUAUCGCAGGUGACCACUUAUCAACCGGGAUACACUUUGGCAAUCAUGUUGGAGAUUGGGAACACAACAUGGUCAGGUUUCACAACGGUACCCCCGUUGGUGUAUACUAUAGCCAGCAUGUCGAUGGCGUUGGUUUCAAGUGGGACAGCUCGAAGAUCAACAUUACUGAUGGCAGACCUGUCGUCUACAGUGCCGCCGGUUCUCAUGCCAACUAUCCAUCAAAAGGGCAUCAAAUUCACAAUGCAGCCUUGUUCGAUUACUGCGAUGAGGGCAAGAUAUGGGACCCCGUCCUAUCGGCCUACUUCUACCGCUUUAACCCUGAUACCACAACCAUCACACCGAUAGUCUCUCCUCUCCAGCCAUCUGCGACGGAACCUGCUCAGAACCUGACCUCGUGGUUUGACUUUGUUGGUCACUGGGGAGAUAUCAGGUACCCAGACUCUGAUCCACGUCAGAAAACAGUUCCGCACUUUGGCCUCAAGCGCUUCAACUCUGGACCCAAUGGUCCACGUUUCAAGCAUCUUGUUCGUAAAGGCCUGGUACGCGAUCAUCCGCGAAUGACGGGCUGGAAAGAAUGGGCCGUUAGUAUUUUCAUGGCGUGGUAUCCGUGCUGUAUCAGAGGCUGGAGAUUAUGGAGAUCGUUGGGAAUUAUGGCUGUUGCGGUGUCGGUAUUUGUACUUGCACUCAUAUUCGGAAUUAGGAAGUAUAAGACUUGGAGGCAGAGGAUGGCCUACACCAAGCUUGGGGAUGAUGAUAUCGCUAUGAAUGAGCUGGGAAGGCAGGAAGAGUGUUUGGUAUCGUCAGAUUCCGAUAGCGAUGAUGAGGAUGACUAUAGACGAGAUAGAUGCGAGGCGAUGAUGAGAGGAUAG